CCGGGGUGGCGGGGCCGUGUGCGCAUGCUCCUUGUGGGGUCGGGCUCCAGUUCCCGGAGCACCCCGGCGCGGUGGCGGCUGUUGGGGUGUCUGUCGGGUGUUGGCGUGAGGCGGAGCGGGGUCAGCGCGAGGUAGCUCUGUGGGAGUGGAAGGCCCGGGUGCGCUACCUGGACAGCACGCUCGCGGCGCCGGAAAAUAAAGAUUUGUGCAGCACAGUUCUCACGUGACUCUUGACUGUUUUAAGGAACAAAAUCAGUUAUCUGAGAUUUGCUUUGAGGUCACAUUGAUAUGAAAUGUGGAGUCACCUGAUAACGUCACCUGGGAAAGAGACAAACUUCUUUCUUAUUAAAAAACCAUAAAGAAAACAAAUGCCCUGAGGAAUCAUGCCAAAUGCUCAAUCUACAUAUUUUUGUAUCAUUAAUAUGUAUUUUUUAGCCAAUCAAGACCUAUGAUUUGUAUGUUAAAGAAAACAAACGGUUCAUCAAUAUUAUUUUUAGCAGUUUUUAAAAGACUACUUGAUCAUUGUGUACAGAUCUUGUGUAAGAUUUAACAUAUAAAAAUUUGCAAGGCCUUGCUUUUAGAGUUCAGCUUCAACAUUUACUUGUUCUAUUUUCUGCUUGCCAAAGUCUUCCAAAAUUUUAACACUAAGAAAGUUAUGGACUUGGAAACUUACAUUCCUGCAAUAGACUGCAGUGACUUUCAGUGGACAAUUCAAAACAUCAUUCAUUUUACCGUCCAAAAUACCACAUAAGCAUAGAAUUCUUAGUUUUAAUGCGAACAAAGUUGCUUGAGAAUGGCUUGGGUGAAAUUCUUACGGAAACCUGGUGGCAAUCUUGGAAAAACUUAUCAAGCUGGAAGUAUGCUGUCGCUGGCCCCUACCAAAGGCUUGUUAAAUGAACCAGGGCAAAACAGCUGCUUUCUUAAUAGUGCGGUGCAGGUUUUAUGGCAGUUGGAUAUAUUCAGACGAAGCCUGCGAGUUCUGACUGGACAUGUGUGUCAGGGAGAUGCCUGCAUCUUCUGUGCAUUGAAGACAAUAUUUGCACAGUUUCAACACAGCCGAGAAAAAGCACUUCCCUCUGAUAACAUCAGGCAUGCUCUUGCAGAAAGCUUCAAAGAUGAACAGCGAUUUCAACUGGGCCUUAUGGAUGAUGCUGCAGAAUGCUUUGAAAAUAUAUUGGAAAGGAUUCACUUUCACCUAGUGCCAAGCAGAGAUGCAGACAUGUGUACCUCUAAAUCCUGUAUCACUCACCAGAAGUUUGCUAUGACCCUGUAUGAACAGUGUGUGUGUCGUAGCUGUGGGGCGUCAUCAGACCCUCUCCCCUUUACUGAGUUUGUACGCUACAUUUCUACAACAGCCCUAUGCAAUGAAGUUGAGAGAAUGAUGGAAAGGCAUGAACGCUUUAAACCAGAAAUGUUUGCAGAACUGCUUCAAGCAGCAAAUACAACAGAUGACUACAGGAAAUGUCCUAGUAACUGUGGUCAAAAAAUAAAAAUCCGCCGUGUUUUAAUGAAUUGCCCAGAGAUCGUCACAAUUGGUUUAGUGUGGGAUUCCGAACAUUCAGACCUGACGGAAGAUGUGGUCCGGAACCUGGCAACACACCUCUAUCUUCCUGGGCUUUUUUACAGGGUUACUGAUGAAAAUGCCAAAAAUAGUGAACUUCACCUUGUUGGUGUGAUCUGCUAUACCAGCCGACAUUAUUGUGCCUUUGCCUUUCAUACUAAGAGUUCCAAGUGGGUGUUUUUUGAUGAUGCAAAUGUGAAAGAGGUGGGAACUAAAUGGAAAGAUGUGGUCUCAAAGUGUGUCCGAUGUCACUUCCAGCCUCUGCUUUUGUUUUAUGCAAAUCCAGAUGGCACAGCUGUCUCUACCGAGGAUGCGCUCAGGCAGAUUGUCCACUGGUCACAUUACAAAUCUGUGGCAGAAAAUAUCGGAUUUGAAAAGUCUGCAGUUUAUAAAGCCGAUAAUUCCAAAGAAAAUGGAUUCAAUGAUCAAGCAAAACAGAAGGAAAAUCAAAAACUUCAAACCAAUAACCUUCCAUCAUUCAGUCGGAACCACAUUCAGACAAGCGGAGGGAGAGGACCGGUUAAAUUAAGCCACAGUGACCAGAGGGAAAAGAUAAAGGACAUUUCCAGAGAAUGUGCUCUGAAAGCCAUUGAACAGAAGAAUUUACUUUCUUCACAAAGGAAAGAUUUAGAAAAGGGACAAAGGAAAGAUGUAGGCCGACACCGAGAUUUGAUGGAUGAAGACCUCUCACACUUGAAGUCUGGAUCACCUUCUGCCCCAAAUGGUUUCAGGCAAUGUGGGAAUCCACAUCUUUAUCAUAGUCAAGGAAAAGGACCCAUCAAACAUGACCGGGUUGCACAUCAAAGUCGAGCUUCUGGACAAACAAGUUCAGGCAAAUCCCACAUUCUUAAUCCAGGAGAGAAAAUACUAGGCCGUGUUAAGAGUGACAGUGCCACUGGAUAUGACACAGACAGCAGCCAAGAUUCCAGGGAGAAAGGAAGCAGCUUCAGUAGCAGUAAAAGCCGGAACCGAGGUUGGAAACCUAUGAGGGAAACGUUAAAUGUCGAUAGUGUUUUUAGUGAGAGUGAGAAGAGGCAGCAUAGCCCAAGACACAAGGCAUGUCUCACCAACAAACCUAAAUGUGGCAAAGAUCAGAGUUUGAAUAACUGGCCCAAAGAAAAUCCGAAGCAGAAAAGCUUAAUGACCAUAUAUGAAGAUGAAAUAAAGCAAGAAAUAGGAAGCAGAACUUCCCCGGAGUCAAAUGGGAAAGCACAGAAGGCAAAAGGCCUCGUGGAGGGUAAAGGUCCUGGUGACAAUUGGCAGAUGCAAAGGACGGAGUCUGGGUAUGAAAGCAGUGACCAUAUCAGUAACGGGUCUGCGAACUUGGACUCACCCGUCAUCGAGGGAAGUGGUACAGGAAUGGAUACGAGCAGUAGUAAAGAAUUGGCAUCCUCCAGUGAUCGAGUUAGGAUGAAUAACUUGAGUACAGGACUUGGGGACUGUACCUCCCAUCCCAGCAAAAACCACUCAGAAGUGUCUACCCCAGGCUUUAGAAAAGAACUGAAAGACUUGGAGACUAGCUAUAAAUCUCAUGAGCUCCACCCAGAAUCACAUCUACAAACAAAUCAUUUGACAAAAAGGCCACCCACCAGUGAAACCAGUGAGAAGUUACCUCCUUCAUACAGUCCACACAUUCUCAAGGACCCUACUGUGAGAGAACAUGUCCACCAGCCAGAGGAACAGAAAUUGGAAAAACUAAAUGGAAGCAGAUUUUCUGAAUGGCUUCCUACAGAAAACUCUGAGAGAACGAGUUUGCCAUUCCAGGUUGGUGAUGGUUCUGUGCCUGCAAAGAGAGUGAACAGCAGUGAAAGAGUGUCUCCAUCUUCAUUGUGUUCUGCACACUUGAGAACUGUAGGGCUAAAGCCAGAUACUGCUCCCCUCGUCCUACAACAAAACACAAUAGAACCAUGUUCUGCUGAGAACUCUGUCUCCAAGGAACACACAACUCAUUCAACCUGCAGGUCUGAGGCUGGUCAGAUGCCAAAAUUUUGCCAGAAUCAACCACCCCCUUUGCCACCAAAAAAAUACACUAUACCCAUUGUGCCACAGUCAAACAAAAACGAGUCUCUACCUGAUGUGAAGCAUACAGAGGGGUUGAAAGCAAAUUCCUCUCAUCUUUCAAUGCACAGUUUAAAUACAGCUUCAGAAACCAGCUUUGAAGUGAGUUCACAGAAGAACAAUGAAAGAUGUCAAGAAACAAUCCAAUCCAAACAGGGUGGCAGCAACACAACCAACCACCCCUCUGCCUCUUCAGCUAGUGACUUUCAGGCAAACUUGGGUGCAGCCGUUGAUGCCUUUUGCCAACCAGAACUAGACUCUAGAGCUGCAUGCCCAAAUGAGACAAUAUCAUUAACCACCUAUUUUUCCGUCGAUAGCUGCAUGACUGAUACAUACAGACUGAAAUACCAUCAAAGACCUAAGCUCUGUUUUCCAGAACUUCCUUCCAGGGAAGGACCUGUGUUGCGUAAUAGUCUUGGUUCAAGCUGUCCUUCUGAGCAAAGCUGUACACCUAGCAUACAUUGUAAUAGAUAAAUGAUCAAAUCGGCCAGCAUCUGCUGCUCCAAGGCCAUUGUACCAACUGACCAAAUCUAGUAAUUUACAAAAUCAAAUCCAUGGCAUUUAAAAAAUCCUUGAUCACUUUAUAUACAGAUAGUUGAUGAUCCAUUUAUGGGAUGUUUUAGAAACUUUUUCUGAGUAUCUUGGCAUGCUUUGAAAAAAACAAAACAAAAUAGGAAAUCAGGGAGUAUAUUGUAAUUUGUUUGCUGUAUGGAAUAGCCGAGUAAAAAUGACAUUUGUCCCCCCUGUCAUGUGGCUAAGAGAUCUAUAAAUAUUUAGCCAGUACCCAUAUGUAGGUUGGCAAAUGACACUAAUUGAAAAGUGCCAGGUGGUACCUGGUUUGUCUAUCUAGUCAAAGCAGUAUUUGCUUUUUUGCAGAGCACUUUCUAAUGGGUAACCAGAAGAGGGCUGUACCCAUUUAUUUUUGACUUCUGUGAGAGUCUAUCACAUGACCCCUUCAAGUGUCUUAAAAAAUAGUGGACCCAUGGAAUCUAUAGCUUUUGGAAGGGAAUGCCUUAAUGAUGAACAAUUUCUAAAUUAACAACACUACCACGUUAGACAGAACUUGUGUUUGCUCCUACUUUCUUCUUUAGAAUAUCUAGUUAACAUAAAUUAGGCCUUUGACAAUAUGUAUUUACAAAUAUAACUUCAGCCAUGUAAGCUAAAAGGUCAAAAUAUUUUUAACGUAUUUAUUUAUCUUGUUACAUUAUUUUUCUAAUUUUAUAUGAAAUGUAAAAGUUUUUAUUUUGGUUUGGUUUACUUUGGGCUGCUAAUAUUUACCAGUGUUAGGAAUCAAUCUUGGGUCCUCUGAGGGAUUGACUCAGAAAUUGCCUGAGUUUUCUCUGCUCUAGUCUUACUUGCUUAAAGGUUGUCAAUUAAAUUUACUAUUUGAUUUUCUACGUUAAAUUUUAUAGAAAGCUUUAUUUAAACACUUAAUUCAUUUAAGCUUCUUUCACAUUUUUUUCCUUCAAACAAAUCACCAUUUUAUUCCAACUACCUUCACAGAGAGAAUUUACCAGUGAAAAUGUCAUUUAAAUGGCCUUAAUUCAAUAACACUCAUUUUAUUUUGUAAUAGACUGAUAAAUUGUGAUUUACAAUAGUUUUAUAGUGUCUCUCCAGAGAAUUAAGCUACAGGAUAAAUGCUUUCUUUACAUUCCAAUGUGGAUAAAUUUCAUAAGUAUAACUUUGUAAUCAAUAAACUAAUAAAUUUAGUAUCUUCAAUUCCACAAACGGUGAUCAAAUGUCCCAAAAUGUGUUUAUAAACCUCCACCAGCUAUCAGAUCCUUGCCAAAUUCUAUGUUUAACCACCUUUAACCUUUAACUUUUUGCUAGCCUUUUCUAAUUCUUAACACUUGGUGAUUAUGUUUUUAUUCUCUUAAUUUAGAAGUAUUUGAGCAUCAACUAAAUUUUAUCUUUUAAGAGUAUUUUUCAGUUUUUAGUACAGUUUGUAAAUACUAUAAAGUCUGUAAAAUUUUAUUUGAAAUGUCUGGGUUUUUGUUACUUUCAUAAUGUAAAAUACUAGAAAAUAUAGGCAUCAGGUAUUUUUAUUAGCUUUCAGAAACUUUCUGUGUACAUUUUUGUUUUCCCAUUUCUUUUUGGUCACUAUGUCCAGUUGGAAAUGCAUUAUUUGAAACACUUCAACAAAUUAUAUAUUUAACAGCUGUUUCAUAAAUUUAUCACUUCAACUCCACAUAAAGUAGAAAUGUCUGAUUUUGCCUUUCCAGGUCAAAGCCUCAUGAAUUAUGCAAUUUAAUGCAUACACAAAGUAGAAACUGACUUUUUUAAUGUUGCUUCAACACUCCAAAUACAGUUUCAGUAGAUUGUCAUUUAUAUGUAAACUGCAUUUUUGUACUUCUAGGGUGCUUAUUUAUUAUUGCCAUCUGUUACAAACUUCAGCCUUUUAAAUAAUGCAACCAACAGUUGUUUUGUUCCAAAUACUUCAGAAUAUAUUCCUGUGAAAUGAGUUUCUUCUGGAUCAGUUAAGAUAAUUAAAGUGAAUUAUAGUUGGACUUUUCUUUCUGUUCAUAAACUGUGACCCACCCCUACUUGAACUUUCACUGAUCAUAGAACAUUGUCAUGGGGUAUUAAGAGUUAAGCCCCUUCUGAGUCUAAACUGUAGCUCCUAAAGAAAUUGACACUUUUUAGAGACAGAUAGGCCCUAUAAUAUUUAGCAUUCCUCAUGUCUACCUUUCUGCUGUUUUAAAACAGCCUUACAGGAUAUGUAAGUAACUGAGCCUGUAUAUUUUCUAGUAGAACUAUCAAUAUUGAAAUCUGGAUUGCAUAUAAUUUUGACAUAUUCUGAAAGCCUUGAUUUUUUUUUUCCCCCCCAAUCAUUUCAAAACACACAAACCAUUCUUUUUCAAAGUCCUGCCUUAUAAAAGAUGGGUAAUGCUGGGCACAAGUGACACAUGCUUGUAAUCCUAGCAAGGAAAGUAUGUGAGACUGUUAUAUCCAAUUAAACCACCAAAAAGCUAGAAGCAAAGCAACAGUGUGUCACAAGUGGUAGAUGCCAGCCUUGAUUGAAAAACUAAGGGACAUUACCAGGCUCAGAGUUCAAACCACAGUACCAGUGCAAGAAAAGAAAGGUGAAGGUAGUGAGCCAAAUUUAGCCCACUAGGCCCUGAUUUGAUUGUCUUAAGUACAAUUUACAUUAAACACACAACAUAAAUAUCUGGUUUUGAUGUAGUCCCACGUUGUCUCUUAAGGAGUAAUUGGAGCUCUAAACCUUUCAAGUUAAUAUACCCCUAAAAACUGUUCCUUACAACUGCUAAUAUGCCAGUUCUUUUCAAAAUAUUAUUUCAUCUAUAUGAAAUCAAGUAUGUGAAAUUUCUAUCAGAAUCUAUCUGAUUAAAAUCAUUUCAAUUACCCUUGA